UGUUUAUGUUGUAACAAACCUCCCUUACCGGCAAGAUCGUGACAGGUGAAAAGCGACUCAAGAUGGUGAAACUUACCGAGGAAAUGAUUGUGGCCCGAACCCGGGUCUCGGACAUGAACAACGUCAAAAAGCUGAACUGUUGGGGAGCCGAAUUAACCGAUAUCACCGUUUUAAGGAAACUCGUCAAUGUGGAGGUCCUGUCCUUGAGCGUGAAUUGCAUUACGUCUCUAUCGGAUAUCCAAAAUUGCAAGAAUUUGCAAGAGCUCUACAUUCGGAAGAACAAGAUUCCGGAUUUAAGCGAGAUAUGCUGGCUCAAGGAACUAAGCAAGCUCAAGAGUCUCUGGUUGGAAGAAAACCCGUGCGUCCAAGAUCACGGAGAUGUAUACCGUGUUACCGUUAUUCGAAAUCUGCCCCAGCUUCAGAAAUUGGACAAUUUGCCCGUGCAAUCAGACGAGAUGGCCGAUGCGAUGCGACGAGGGAUGGAGCUCGUUCAUCCGUUAGAUCGAGAGCCAACUGUGCCUUACCACAAUGUCAAUUACCAACCCCUCCCAACUGGGAACAUCGAGCGAAGGCGAAGUCAAAGCCAGGAUCCGUACAGCGAUUAUCAGGAUGAGGGACCUAUUAUGCACUCGGGUAGUAGGCGGACCAGUGCCAUGGAGCAGUAUGCCACACCCUCACGACGGGUCUCUAACCAAGUUUUCGAACUCUCGCGAUCUCCAGAUAAAAAUGGAGAGGAUCUCAGAAUGAGGCAAGAUCUUGAAAACAAGAACUCUACAUAUACCAACUCGGGUAUGGCCCUACGUCGUGGGAGUAGUAACCAACCCGCUCCGCCUUCGGCAUCGUUUAAAGGAAACACCUCGUAUGUGGAGGACAAUGGAUAUGUUCCAGAGUAUCACACAGGGCGGAGGUACAGCACGCAGGAAAAUAGUAACCCCUUGGUUCGUCGAUCCCCUCACAAUAGUCAGUUAGCUUUGAAUGAAGGAUUGAGGCGAAUCAGCAUGCAUGAAAGUCCUGCCAUGGUUUCCAAUCCUCGUGAUGAGUCGCCGCCUCCUGUCAUGUACCAAGAAAGACAGCCCAGAAACAGCAUGUCUUCCUACUCUGGUCCGACGUCGGAUGCUCAAUUGUCCUCGUAUGGAUAUCAAGGCGGAUCGUACGAAACCCGAUCGGGACAUGUCCACGAAAAUGGCUCGAUGAAUGGCUUGGAUGGUUCGAGCACUCCGUCUCGUAUGGUUCAUUCUGCCAGUACAACGGAAUCUCCCACUUCGGAGAUCAACCAUAACAUGCUAACCCGAUCAGGCUCAGCCAGCAUCCAUCCCAGCUUGGCCAAGGAUAGCUACAGCCCCACUAACAAUGAGCAAGACGAGUAUCACCAACAAGAGCACUCGGCUGUGGUUUCGCAGCAGUAUGAACAAGCUUACGAGCAAGCCAAUCAUCAGUUGGAAUCCACCCAGACCAGAAGCCGCAGCGUGGUGGGAAGAAAUAGCUUCUCGCCGGAGAGGCCCUAUCCACGAAGGCCGAAAAACAGGAACUCCAAUAUCUUGUCCGCCGUUCUUUGCCUCAUCAAAGAGCUGGAUGGACCGAGUUUGGAAGUGGCCGAGAUGGCCAUCCGAUGCCGAAUGGAUGAAUUGGACGACUGAUUUUCAAGAGCUAGCUCCGAAAUGAGCGAAUUCUUCGUUCACAAUUAACCCAUCCAAAGAUGUAUCUUCCACGGAAUUCCAAAGAAUGACGAUCCCUGUCCUCAUUUUGGGGGGAAUUCCACCCUUGAAUAUUCCUAACCCAAUGAAAUAUUUGUCAGUGAUUGGUCGAUCGACGAUAUAAAUUGUAGAGGAUUCUUUUACGAGUAUUUGGUGUCGAGGACUAACUCUAUUUUGUACUGCCAAUUGGGGGAACUAAGUUCGAAUUCAAACACAAAUAAACUUGAUCUAUGAAUCGACUUGAA